AUGGAGAAACAACGAGAGAGAAUUGAGGGAGAGAAGAUAUGCCGGAGAUGCAAGCAGAGCUUCACAUCCUCGUCCAAUAACUCCGCCGCCUGCCGCUUCCACCCUUCCUUCUUCGUCUGCCGCCGCCACGACGACCAGAAAAGGUACUACGAGCUAGGGCCAAAUGAUCCGCCAUAUGCAGCUAAAUUCUACGACUGCUGCGGAGCAGAGCAACCUGACGCGCCUGGCUGUUCCACUGCUUUCCAUCUCUCUUACGAUGAUGAUUGA